AAUUUCAUAGAGAAUAAAAACGCUUUCUAGCUUCUUUAAAGCCCAAUUUCAUAAUUAUUAUAAAGUAUUUAUGAGAAAUAUGGGUCAGAGUCUUUGUUGCAAUAAUUAUAUUUGUACUAAAAGUGCAAACGUUGAUAACAAUACAAAUGUGCAAAUUAGUUAUACAUAUGAUCUAAAUGAUCUUCCACACAAGUGCUCAGAAAUACUAAAAGAUCAUGCAUCUAUGGAUGUCAAUACUUACUGCAAAGACAAACUUUAUGACAUGCUCCAUAAAGGAAUAGUCUUUUCAGAUGGCAAAACCAAGUAUUGGGUGGAUAAAGAGACGGGAAAAAAUUGUUUCAUGGUAUUUGCAAAAAAUCUCACAAUUUUGGAUCAAAUGGAUCAUCGUAAGUGGACAUGGCAGAUAUCAAAAGAAUCUUACAGAGACAUGAGCGCGGAAAUGGCAGUGAUGGGAAAAGUGAAGACACUUUCAGUUCAUGGGAGCUUUAACACGGAAUUUCUUUCACCAGACACGAAAUAUAAAGUUGAAUUUGUGUUACGAUUGAAAAAAGGGAAACAUGUUACUGGAUGGAGUAAAAAUCCAGUUAGAAGUGUAUUAAUACCACCAGAAAAGACAUGGAAUGAAGCUAUACAAAAUAAAGUUAAUUUAGCAGAAAAAGGCUCUCAGAAAUCAUUUGAAAUUUUAGCUGGGGAAUUCUUCAAUCCACAAUUUAAUUCCCAUGGGGAAAUUCAGUUCUAUCUAGAUGAAGGCAAGGAAUGGAAAACAGGUCUUGUUAUCAAAGGUGUUAAAAUUACACCCCUCAUUUGAAUAAUUGACCUACACAUUCAUUAAGAUAUUUAUGUUAUGUUAUCUCAAUGUAUUAUGUUGGAUAUACAAUAAGGUCAGUCUAUGUGGUGUUGUAGAUAGGUGAUUUUUCUUCCAAACAAGUACAUUAGGAGAAACAAAGGGGGAAGGGCAAAA